UCGUCACGAGUAAAUCGCCUUUGACACUUUCUGGUCAACGACUGACGCGUUCACAGCGCACAAUCGGCGAUACCAUAGACCUGCGCCGAUAAGAAGUGAAGAAGGGGCACACGCAGUCGGGCCAUUGCAUAAUACAAUCGGUAGCGACACAGCACGGAUACUCCGAAAUGAAGAAAAUACGCCUGUGAGCCCGAAACGACGGUUUGCACGAGUGCCAAAACCGCGAGGAUCAUGCAAGAACACCCGUACUGGCGCUCAACCAUCGCGAUAACGUGCGGUUUCGUGGUCAUCCUCGCGGCUGCUGUUUGGACUAUAAGGAAAACUUCCCAUGAAAAACGGAAGCGGUCUCGAACAAAUGAUUCAAAAGAGCCAGACAAAGUGAACGCGAAUGUUAAUAGCGAGAGCAACAUAAAUAACAAGAACGAAGUAACUCGCGAAGAAGAUGUAAAUGUGGAGGAAAAUGAGGAAACAUACGACAAGCAAUCUCCAAACGAUAAGGAAUAUCCGAACGAUAAGGAAUAUCCGAACGAUGAGGAAUAUCCGAACGAUGAGGAACGUCCAAAGGAUGAGGAACGUCCAAAGGAUGAGGAACGUCCAAAGGAUAAGGAACGUCCAAAGGAUGAGAAACGUCCAAAGGAUGAGAAACGUCCAAAGGAUGAGGAACGUCCAAACGAUGAGGAAUGUCCAAAGGACGAUACGAUUGCCGAAUUACCAGAUCCAAAAUGGGAGAAGGUUGGCCAGAUUCAAGAACUAUAUAUGUAUCCAUUGAAGUCUGGACGUGGAAAGAAUGUAAGGGAAUGUGACUUUACCGAAUAUGGAAUGAAAUUGGACAAUGCUGGAAAGUUCGCCCUCAGAGACAGAAUGUUUCUAGUGUACAACGAGGAAACUGGACGCUUUCAAACCGGAAGACAAUAUCCAACCUUGAUCCUAGUGAGUUUAUCGGUGGUGGAUGAGAACAAGGUGAAGUUGGAGGCUGUAGGGAUGCCCAGCGUAAUCUUCGAGGUUCCAAAGAACUUGAUGGACGCGUCCGAAGCCGUACAGUGCAAAAUGUGGUGGGGAGAGCCAGUGAACUGUAUCGAUUGUGGCACGGAACCCGCCGAAUGGCUAUCGAGAUUUCUGACUGGAACGACUUCUGGUCUUCGACUGGGGUACACGAGAAUGGAUAGAAGAGACGUUUUCGUCGAUCCGUGGAAAAAAUUCACUCAAGUAUACCGGACACUUAGAAGCGAGGAUACCGGGCUGUUCAGUGACCUGGCCAGUUAUAUGUUAAUGACCACAAGCUCCGUUGAACAACUGAACGAAAAAUUGGAAACACCAGUGUCUACUCUACAAUUCCGUCCAAAUAUUUUGGUCUCUACGCAACAACCAUUCGAGGAAGAUGAAUGGGAGUGGAUUAAAAUUGGUGAACGUGUCGUGAUUAGGAACGUCAAACCGUGCUCACGAUGCAAACUAGUGGGCGUGAAUCCAGAAAACGGCGUGAUGGACAAGGAGGAGCCGUUGAAGACUUUAAAAUCGUACGACGAGAUACGCUAUCUUCAUCGAGCACAUGGAUAAACCAAGAACUAACAACUACACUGGUUGACAAAAGUCUUUGGAGCCAACUGACCCAGAACGAAUCUCGCUGGAGGGCAAGGCGCCAGUUAUGGGGAUAUAUUGCGGACUGUACGUUACUGGAAGAGUGCAGAUCGGCGACGAGGUGUUCAUUCAUCGGUCCAAUGAUUCGUCGGUAGAAUUGAAUCAUCGGGAGGCAGAAAAUCCUAGAUAGAUAAGAAAUAUAUUGAAAACUAACUCGCUUUCGAUGGCCUUUCUAUUUCAAGAUAGAUAAAGUUCGUGCGUUAAAAAAGAUACCGAUAUAUGUACGUUCAUGUUUGAUGAACAAUUAUGGAUUAUAGUAUUUUCAGGCGAACGACUCAAUCGAGUAAUUUCUAGAAGAUUCGAAAGACUUCAAGACAAUAUAAAUGCGCCAUUUGUACGAUCGAUUCUUGUCAAUUCAAAGCUAUGUAAUUAUUAUACGUUGUAUAUGUAUGUUGUUAGGUGUCCUAAAAUAAGUGGCACUGGUUUGCAUUGGUGUUUCCCAAUUCAUGUAUUUUAGGGCACUUCAGAGAUAAUGUUUAAAAAUCGUUAUGCUAAAUAAAGUUUUGAUUGUUAUACAA